AUGCGGCGGUCGCGGAGUGGCGUGGCGGGGAAGACUGGGAAGGCUUGCGGGCAGAGGCGGCCCGCAGCCUCAGUGUCGUCCACCGCCUCGAGUGCCGGUGCCGGACGCGCGCGGCGUUCUCUGGACCAGUCCCGAGCUUCGGGGCGCGCGGUCGGUCGGCAGGCGUCCACAAAGCGGCAGCCAAGGCACUUGUCGCCGCGGGCCCUGGAAGCGGGCCCCGGAGAUCCGCUGCCGCCGCCGGAUCCUGUACCGCUCCCGCAGCCACCGCCACCGACCCCGGCUACCCCGACGUCCUCGGUUACCGCGCUGGACCUGGGCGACCAGAGGGAGCGCUGGGAGACGUUCCAGAAGCGGCAGCGGCUGAGCUGCGAGGAUGCAGCCAGGCUCCUGCUGGACACCUUUGAAUACCAAGGCCUGGUGAAACACACCGGUGGUUGCCACUGUGGAGCAGUUCGCUUUGAAGUUUGGGCCUCAGCUGACUUGCAUAUCUUUGACUGCAACUGUAGCAUUUGCAAGAAGAAGCAGAACAGACACUUCAUUGUCCCAGCUUCUCGCUUCAAGCUCCUGAAGGGAGCUGAGAGCAUGACCACAUACACGUUCAACACGCACAAAGCCCGGCACACCUUCUGUAAGAAGUGUGGUGUUCAGAGCUUUUAUACUCCCCGCUCAAACCCUGGAGGCUAUGGUAUUGCCCCACAUUGCCUGGAUGAGGGCACUGUGAGAAGUGUGGUCAUCGAGGAGUUCAAUGGCAGUGAUUGGGAAAAGACCAUGAAGGAGCACAAAACCAUCAAGAACAUGUCUAAGGAGUGAGCGUCUGCUUCCCUUCCAGGAGAGGAAGAAUGUCUAGGGC